UGUCAUGCAAAUGAAUAAAGCCCAGAUUUGAAGACAAGAUUCAGGAGUGCUUUCACUGACGCCAAAACUGAUCUAAUCAGAAAUGGGAAAAAAAUAUCAUAUUAUAUUUGGAAACCUUUUGAAAAAUGCUCAUUUUAUUUUGAAACUUUGAAGGAAACCGACCCCUUUGAUUGGAAGGAGGAAACCACUGAUGUUUUGGACACUUAACAGUCUUUUAGCUGAAGUGAUUGUGAUGGAAAACGAGACGCAGAGAUGUCCAGACCUGUUCUGGCACAAGAGAACAAAAGAUUAAAUUUAAAAAAAUGAUAGAACUAACCUGACUUGAUUAAAAAAAAGAAAAAACAUCAUAUGACUUUCUUUAUUUGUGUUUUAUUUAAUUUAUUGCUACUUUGUUUCUUUUAUUACACUUUUUAACACACAUAAUGGAAACUGGAGGGAAUGUUUGGGCUCCUCGUUCUGCAGGCAGAGGAUGGGCUGCAGAGGAGGUGAAGGAGGAGGAGGAGGGGAAGAGCUGAAAGAUGUUUCAGUGCUUGUGUGUGUGUGUGUGUGGGGAUAGGGGGAUGGAGGGGGGUCGUCCUGGGAGGGGAGCAUGGGUGUAGAAAAGGGCCGAGUUUAAAAAGGCAGACAGCUCCAGCAAGUCACUCACUCUCAUCUGAGCGGCCCGACGCACAGCUCCACUGCUGCUGUUUUUGACCUGAUUCACUCCUGGGAACUAGGACUCUUAUUUUUUAUUGAAAGGAUCUUUUUCACAUCAACAUGGAGACCACCAGUGGGGAGUAUAUGGACAAUUAUGAGUAUUAUGAUGACAAUGAAACUGUCUGUGACUACUCAGAGUGGGAGCCCUCUUACUCUCUCAUCCCAGUGCUGUACAUGCUCAUCUUCAUCCUCGGCCUGUCAGGUAACGGCGUGGUCAUCUUCACCGUGUGGAGGUCCAAGUCUAAACGCCGGGCUGCAGAUGUUUACAUCGGAAACUUGGCUCUCGCUGACCUCACGUUUGUUGUAACCCUACCUCUCUGGGCCGUGUACACGGCUCUGGGCUACCACUGGCCUUUCGGCGUGGCUCUCUGCAAGAUCAGCAGCUAUGUGGUGCUGGUCAACAUGUACGCCAGCAUCUUCUGCCUCACCUGUCUGAGCUUUGACCGAUACCUGGCCAUUGUUCACUCCCUGUCCAGCAGCAGGCUCCGCUCGCGAGGGACUAUGUUGGCAUCACUGGGGGCCAUUUGGCUCAUGUCUGGUCUCCUGGCGGUGCCCACGCUGCUCUUCCGCACCACAGUCAACGACCAAAACAGCAACCGAACCACCUGUGCCAUGGACUUCAGCCUAGUGACUAUGAACCAGAGGCACGAAUACCUGUGGAUUGCAGGACUCAGUCUGUCUUCAUCUGCCUUGGGUUUCCUCCUGCCCUUCCUGGCCAUGACCAUCUUCUACUGCUUCAUCGGCUGCACCGUCACCCGCCACUUCAACAACCUGCGCAAGGAAGACCAGAAGAAGAAGCGCCUGCUGAAGAUCAUCACCACUCUGGUGGUGGUGUUUGCCAUCUGCUGGACUCCCUUCCACGUGCUGAAGAGCAUGGACUCCCUCUCCUACCUGAACCUGGCUCCAAACUCCUGCGGCUUCCUCCGCUUCCUGCUGCUGGCUCACCCCUACGCUACCUGUUUGGCCUACAUCAACAGCUGCCUCAACCCCUUCCUGUACGCCUUCUUCGACCUUCGCUUCCGCUCCCAGUGUCUGUGCCUGCUCAACCUGAAGAAAGCUAUGCAUGGUCACAUGAGCUCCAUGUCAUCCACUCUCAGCGCCCAGACUCAGAAGUCAGAGGUUCAGUCUCUGGCCACCAAGGUGUAGAGACUGAAAUGAGGAGCAGAAGGCUGCGGGACAGUCGCAGCUGCAACCACUGGAACACUUGUAAAAGUACAGACUUUAUGUGUCCGUUGUUUGAAGCUGAUAAGAUGAGGAACUUUGUAAUGUCACUGCCUACAGUCAUGAAUUUCACUGCCAAUGCCUCCUAUUCUCCAUAUUUUUUGUGUGUGGACUUGAGAAGCAGGAGCCAGCUGGCUGAGCUCCUCGUCUGCUCUGGUCCUCAAAUUCUCAGAGAUGACGUCUAUAUUUUGUUUAUUUCUUUUUUUUAAUUCCAGUGCUGUAUCGCUUACAGGAGGACGGACUUGAGAAGUGCGAACUGACGAGCAUGAAAUUCUUUUUACACUGAAUGAAACAUAAAGCUGUUCAGUAUUUUCAUACUAGUGUUGCUGUUGUUCUUUGAAGCACUUCGUGUCUGCAGGUUGGUCUGCAGGAGUCUUCUUCAAAGCCUCAUGUUUGUGGAGGCAGAGGGGAGGGAGGUGGAAGGUGUUGGGACUUCAUUAUACAGCGCGUGGAAAGAGACAGAAGGGCAGAUGGCUGAUGACAAAUGUUGAGAAACAUGGUUGUAGAGGUUUGUUGUGAAGUCACAACACUAAAGCUGGGGAGGGUGGGGGGACUUUAUUAAACGUUCUAUGGUGAUGUACAUGUUUGAUUUUUUGAGAUUGUUGUAACUAACUACUGCAUUAAAGCUAUAAACUGA